ACUAGGAAGUCUGUGAUAUAUUAAUUUCCAUGCAAACCCCUAGCUAAAAACAGAAGCUUCUUCCACUUCUUCUUCUCUCCCUGGCCCAAUUUUUUGUCUCUCAUCUCUCUUCUCUUUCUUUAUGGGGUUUCCCGUCGGUUACAUGGAAGUUUUCUUACCAAAACUCUUCGUUUAUACUUUAUCCUUUCUGGGUUUCAUCCGAAAUCUAAUUGUUUCCCUUUCUGACUGCCUGGGACUCUCCGACUUCCUCGAUACAGAUGCGGUCUGGCCGGAAAAUCCGACCCGAGCAACAACCGAUAAUCUGCCUGUAUCCGCCCUGCUGAUCCGGGAAAUCCUCCCCGUUAUAAAGUUUAAGGAGCUUGUCGUCAUAGGGGAUCCACCAGAGAGCUGUGCCGUUUGCUUGUACGAGUUCGAAGGAGGGGAAGAUAUCAGGUGGUUGAGGAACUGUAGGCACGUCUUCCACCGAGCGUGUUUGGACCGUUGGAUGGACCAUGAUCAGAAAACAUGUCCGCUUUGUAGGACAUCAUUCGUGCCUGAUGAGUUGCAGGAUGAGUUUAAUCAGCGGCUCUGGGCUGCUUCUGGGGUCAAUGAUUUUUACAGUGACUACAGUUCGGUACCAGGAUUGUAGAUAGACUGAUUAGGGGAAGAGUAGAAGGAAGGGUACUUGUUUUGUCUAAUCCAAUGGCUUUUGCUCAUUGCAUGGGAAUUUGAUGCGUAACAAAUAUAGAGUCGGGAAAAGAAAUAGUUUUCCAUAGUGCCACAAUUAUGUCUCUUUCUAUUGUUUCUGAGAUGGAGUAAAUAGGUUGUUAAGUACUAAUCAUCAUGUUUGGAUUAUUGGAAUUUGUUUUAAGGCAGUAAGAAAAGGAUUCUUUCUCUCACUUCAUUUACAAAAUCUUGAGCUUCUA